AUGAUGGAGCAUGUGGCUGUAGAAGAACAACUUCUUCAUCAUCGUACAAGGGGAAUGAGGAGGGAGGAAGCAUGUUGUUGUGCCAAACUCUAUCUGUCUAUUAUAUUCUUUACAUCUGUUUUUGUUCCACUUUUUUCUUUCUUCCCCUCUCUUGUUUUUCUCACCUAUUGUCUCUCUUUCUCACCCACUUUGCCUCUCUUCCACAAUCUCCGUCUCUCUUUCUUACUCUAUUCGCCCCUCUUUUUUUACUGUUUUUAUCUUUCAUUCUCGUUGUCACCCUGUUUCUCACUCUUUUUGCCUCUCUUUCCCACUCUCUCAUUGCUUGUCUUUCUCACUCUACCUCUCUUUCUUACUCUCUUUAAUUCUCUUUCUCAUUCUCUUUACUUUUCUUUAUCACCCUCUUGGCCUCUCUUUCUCAGCUAUUUUGCUCCUCUUUCACACCCUCUUAGUGAGUUUGAUUUUUGUUUGGAAUUCGGCCAUAUUGAAUAUGAUGGUAUAAGAUUUACCCUUCCUUCUCUCUGUCUUUCUUUCCCCUUCCUUUUCUCUCUGCCUUUCUUCCUUCCUCCUUUUCUCUCUCCUUCUUCCUUUCUCCAGUUUCAUACUCCUUCCUUUUCACUCCCUUUCUUUCCUUUUCCCUUUCUCUCUAUCUUUCUUUCCUUUUCCCUUUCUCUCUAUCUUUCUUUCCUUUUCCCUUUCGCUCUAUCUUUCUUUCCUUUUCUAUUUCUCUCUACUUUUCUUUCUCUAUGCCUUUCUUCCUUCCUCCUUUUUUCUCUCUGUUCCUUCCUUUCUUCAUUUUCAUACUCCUUUUUCACUCCUUCUUUCCCUUCCUAUCUUUUCUCAUCCUUUUCUCUUGUUUUUUCUCCUCCUUUUUUAUCUGUCCUUUUUCUUUCUUCUUGUUUUUUUCACUUUUCUCCCUCUCUCUGCCUUUCUUUAUGCCCACUUUCUGUCUACCUUUAUUUCCUCUACCCUUUCUGCCUUUACUUGUCCUAUAUCUCUCUUUCCCCUCUUUCUUUCUCCUUUUUCUCUCUGCAUUUGUUUAUCCUUUCUUUCUUCCUCGUUUUCUCCCCUCUUGGCCUUUCCCUCUUCCUCCUUUCUCUCCUCCAUUUUUCUCCUCUCUUUCUCUAG